ACUUGAUACUUGAUAAUGUUACUACGUUAACGUUAUUGUAUUACGGUUUUAGAGCGGUAUAGGUUGAAUUCCGUGUAUUUAAUUAUAGUUCUUUUAUACUUUUAAUAUAAUAUCUAUAUAAAAAUUUGGUUGGUUUGUUUGUUUAGUAAAUACCUCUCCGGCCUCCGCUCUCGACUCUCGAGUUACGACCUUUUAUUAUAUUGUAGUUUUUUUUUUAUAUUAUUAUAUUAUAAUUAAUAGUUUGAUACAGUCACUGUCCAAAAUUAAAGCUAAGUAUAUUUUAGUCCCUGGAUAUAACUUCAAAUUAACAUUUUCAUACUGUUAAAUUAAUUCAACUUCCCAAGAUGGCGUCAUCUUCUCAAGGAAAACAUAUGCCUAAAGACACUCAAAUUAUUGUGUCGAUUAUGAAAGAUUUGGGAAUUGUUGAAUACGAUCAACAAGUUUUAAAUCAUCUUUUGGAGUUUAAUUACAGAUAUACAACAUUGCUUUUGGACGAUGCUAAGACAUUUUCAAACUUUGCUAAAAAAAAGAAUGUUGAUGCCGAUGAUGUAAAAGUUGCAAUACAAUUGGCACAAGACGGAAUAUUUUGUCGACCUCCACCGCGUGAUGUAUUAAUGACUGCAAGUCGUGAAGUAAACAAAAUACCAUUACCUCCAGUGAGGCCUGCCAGUGGGUUACGAAUUCCUCACGAUCGUUCAAAUUUCUUACAAACAAACUAUAGGCUUAGGAAUGAUUUGUAUUCUGGAGGGAAUAUGCGUAAGGCAGACACUAAAACAACAGCUGCAGAAAUGUUGGAGGCGUCUAGAAAAAUAGAAAUUGAAGAUAAUGUCUAUCCACAAUCUAGUCAAAUGAUGAACAAUUCAAUGGAGUUUGAUUUGCAAGAAAUGAUAGAAAAUCAGCAGAGUAGUCAAGAAAGCAUAGUACAAAAUGUUAAAGAUGAACUUUUGGAUGCUGAGACAUAUCAAAACCGUUCAUAUUCUGAUAUUGCACUUGAUGAUUCUGUUGAAAAACAACUCAAUGAUAUGUAAUUUAUUAUGGAUUAAAACAUUAUAAAAAUAUAAAAUAUCAUUCUCUAUUAUUUAAUAUUUUACUUUACAUUUUACUGUAAGGCAUAGCACAUAGAUUUUAAUUGAAAGCCCAUUAAAACUAACAAUAAAUUAAUCAAUUAUAAUUUAUAAGUUAUGUCUUAUAUAUUUAUAUCCUAAUCAAUAUAUUAAUUUAAUUUAAAUUUAAUUAACUAUAAUAUACCUACUCAUUAGUUAUUUUUGUUUUUACCAAUAUAAACUUGAAGUAUCUAAUACUAUUUUUUUUAUGUAUUAUCACAUGAUAAAUAAUAUUUAGAAAUUUAGUUAAAUAUACAAACAUGCAGUUAAAGAAUUUUUUACUUAAUAAUUUAUAGUCUUAAAAUCUAUAGACAAGAAUACUUUAUAAAAUAAGUUUUUUGUAUUUUUAAUUUAGUUAAUAAGUGCAUUUGAAAAUUUCUUUUCAAUAAUUUAUAAUUACAUAUUAUAUAUGAUGAACAACUGGUUUAUUAUUUUUUGACUCCUUCAAUUAACUCAACUUGAUAAUUUUAUCAAAAUAUUUUUUUCUUCUUUAAAUAAAAGACUUAAUGUUAAUACAACUUAUUGAAGUUUGAUCUUAGGUCAACUGGCUGUCCUGAUACACUUAAUCGGAAUAUCAUAUUCAAAAUCAAGUCGAGCCUCAUUACAACUGGGUACAUUAGUCGCCUAUAUAUAUUCUAUAUUAUUAUUUCUAACCUUGAGUUCCUUACUUUUACAAUAAUACAACCUUUAUUAUACUACAUGUCUAUUAAAACAAACGGAAAUGCACCAUAUCUGUAUGUAUUUAAAUUUUAAAUGCUUUUUAAAUCAUAUAAAAUGUUUAUAUCUAGUAAAUAUUAAUUAUUAUUCAUCAUCUAAAUUGGGGAAAACAUUUUACAUUUUUUAUAAUUAACAAACUACUAAGUAAAGUGGGUAUACUAUUGGUACGUUAUUUUAUGGAAAGAGGGCAUGAGUAUCCAUUUACUUAAUAGAUAGAUUUUAAAGUACAUUUGGCCCAGUUUCUGAAUGUACAUGACCGGGAUCAAUGGUGUCAUUUGGGGAGGAGGGAGAGAAAAGCGGGCCCCUGUUUGGUUUUAAAAGCAGCCCUAUGGGUAAGUGACCGGUUGUUGUCGUUUAACAAUUAUAAUUUAUAGGUGAAGAAAUUAUGCCUACCUAUUUUUAUAAUAUUUCCUUAAAAUAUUGUGUACCUAUUGGAAUGUAUAACCACGCGUCUCUUUGCUAAAUGUCAAAACUCGAUGUCUCCUCGAUAAGUCAUAUUUAAGAAUAAUACUCAAGCAGUCUUUCCGGCACCCACUCUUUUAUGACAAAUUAUAUACAAGGGAGACCGAGACAAGGGCUCAGCAGACUGUUACAUUGUAACGGACAGUUGCAAACGGUUAGGGAUAUCUCGGACAUUUAGAGGUAGGUCGUAACACCAUUCACGGUCUUAAUAUCAGUUUUCAGAGGUAGGGUCGUAACACCACUCACACUCUAUUUUAUUUUUUUUUAUAUUAAGCUUAUAUUAUUUGUAUUUGUGCGAGACUUAAUAAACGUAAAUUAUACUUGAA